GGUGAAGGCUGUGGUGGAUCAUCUGAAAAUGAGCUUAGUUGUUUUUAGUUCCUCAAAAUGAAGGAAAUGGCAUCAGUGUUGUGGUGUGAGGGAUGAGCGGUUCAGACUUGGAUGGCAACCCUCCUUUAAGCAUUUUGUUUAUCUUCUGAAAACUGUAAUCCUGUGUGCUUUCAGCAGCUUACUGAGUCUUCUCCAGUGCUGACUGUCCUCACACACAGAGUCGAGCUUACUGGCUUACAGGAGCACAGGAGAGAGUGAACAUGUGAGAAACGUGCUGUUCUGUGGGCCAAAUGAACCUCAGAGGCUGAUAUUCACAUGCUUUGCAUUGGAACACUAUUUUAGUUAGAGGCAAUGACAACAACUGCCUGCCCGGUUUUCAUACCUACACAUGAAGUUCCUGUUUUUCUCCUGGUUGGCGGUUUUCGUGGGAAGCUGGGUGGUGUACGUUGAAUACUCUUCAUACACAGAGCUGUGCCGGGGACACGAGUGCAAAAACACUAUUUGUGAUAAAUUCCAGAAGGGGGUGAUUGAUGGUUCAGCCUGCAACAGCUUGUGUGAGAAGGACACUCUUUACUUGGGGAAGUGUCUCUCUGCCAAACCCAGCAAUCAGGUCUAUUCUGGCAGUUGGGGUGACAUGGAAGGGAUCAUUAAGUGCCAGAUGAAGGAAGACCCUCAUUAUGAUCUGGGUUUUGAACUGGAGCCCCGAAAAGAGUCUGCCUCCUUCAGCAGGCCAACCAAAGGCACAUCAAUGCAGAAGUUCAAAGAAAUGGUUUUCAACCAUCUAAAGGCAAAAGUAGGAGACCAAGCAAACUUAGCAGAUCUGUUGACCCUGGUGCUGGGAGUCGCCGACAGCAACAAGGAUGGAGAGAUUUCACUGUCAGAAGCGCAUUCAGCCUGGGCUUUACUGCAGCUCAAUGAAUUCCUGCUGUCCGUGGUGCUGCAGGAGCGAGAACACACUCCCAGACUGCUGGGCUUCUGCGGGGACCUGUACGUGAUGGAGAAGGUGCCUUAUGUGCCCCUGUAUGGUGUCAGCCUGCCAUGGAUGGUGGAGCUGUGGAUUCCGGCUAGCUUGCGGCGAAGCAUCGACCAGUGGGCCACCCCGUCCUGGCCUCGCAAAGCCAAGAUCGCCAUCGGCCUGUUCGAACUGGUCGAGGACGUCUUCCACGGCACAUUCGGGAGUUUCCUCAUGUGUGACGUUAGCGCUGCGGGGUUUGGUUAUACAGAGCGCCACGAUAUAAAGGUGGUAGACGCAAGGCAGAUUGUGCCUGAAGUUGGUUUUCAGGAAGUGAUGCGCGAGAGGCGCUGUGAAGAAGACACUGAUUGUUUGUAUGGAAGGGACUGCUUUACUUCAUGCGAUCUUACUAAACACCGCUGCACAACAGAGGUUACACAACCCAAUCUGGCUAAAGUAUGCAGCACAUUGAAGGACUAUAUUCUGUACGGCGCGCCAUCAGACAUUAAAGACGAACUGGAUAAACAGUUGUACGCUUGCAUUGCUCUCAAAGGUGCCAGCGAACAGAUGGAAAUGGAGCACUCGCUGAUUCUCAACAACCUCAAAACUCUUCUUUGGAAGAAGAUAUCACACACUAAAGACUCCUAGUAAUUUAUCAAACUCAAGUUGUUGUUCUUAUAUAUACAUCGUACACUCUCAGAAAUAAAGGUACACGAGCUGUCACGAAAGCUGUCACUGGGUGGCACCUUUUCAAAAGGAAUACAUUUGUAUCUUAAUGAGCCAUGAAACCCCCCACUUUCAGUUCAAGUCUACCUCAGAAUUAUUUUUAAAAAAUGCAUCAUAAUGGGCGUGGAGCUUUGCCAGCAGAGGAAGGAGUGGGCGGGGCCAGCAAAGCAGGGGAGAAAGAAGGGAGCGAACAGCUGUUGUCAGCUCACAAAAUGAGACACAAACCCUGAGACACAUGAUUUUAUAGUUUACAAAGUUAAAAUGCAAAGAAAUAAACAGUAUUUAAUGCCCUGCUACAUUUGUUAUUUGUAGUUUCAUAUACACAUAACCACAAUUUUUAUCAUUAUAAAGAUAAUCGUGUAUAUAAACAGUCGCUAAUGGAGACUUCCCUCAAUCCCGGUCUAAAGACUCGGUGCAGCAGGUCUCUUCCCCUGCCUUUUUUAAUCUGGAGGAUUUAGGUGAACACAGCAGCACGGCGGUGUCUAAACGUGAACAAACUUAAGUGAUAAAAGACAAAGUUCGCUAUUCUCCAAUUCUCGUACUGCUCUCCUGACAAAAAAAUACUUGCAGAACACAUACAGCUUUGCUGUAUCGGCCCUGACAGGAUCGUGGGAAAAAAACCAUGCAACAAACCCUGUGUAUCAUGGAAAGAAACAUACGACCCUUCACGAAAGGCUAAAUACAGUGUACCGUGGGUCCGUAGACAUGGUCUUACCCAGUCAUCAACAUAGGGUCUCACAGCUUGGCACUGGCAAGUCUGUCUUGCCUUCGGAAAGCACGCGCAUUCAUGAAGAAUUAAGCCGGCUCUUCUCAUAGAAUAAGAAAACUCUUCUAGGAAUAAUAUUGAGAAACCGACGAGUCAUCACUUCACUUGCAGUUUUGCACAACGUCACUGAUUUUGAUCCCGCCCCAAAAAUCAUUUUAAACCCAAAAGAAAUAAUUCAGCAUGUAUUUGUUCAAACCAAAUAAAAAUCAAUGUUUAGUUUAAAAACACCUUUCAGGUAAGUUAUUUUUCACAUACUUGUAUUGUACAACAUACAGAUUUGCCAUAAAAAUGUCUAAAAUUAAUGUAGAUUAAUGAAUAAAACAAACAAAUGAACAAACUGAACAAAAUACAGACCCUAAUAAUAUCAUUUAUCCCUGCUCCUUUUUAAGCCGCAAUAUAUGAAUACAGAUUCUUCUAUUGAUGUACCUUUUUGCAAAAUACACCCACAAAAUCUGAUUUUUGGCCCUUUUAAGUCAAUCAGCAAAACAGUGGAGUUGCUAAAUAAACUAGAUUCUGAAAAGCUGAUUUCAAAUCUAUUUUUUUUCUUUGCAUUGGUGUUUUUCAAUCAGAUAAAACAACUUUUCCUUUCAAAAAUAAUAAUUUCCUAAUAAAAUGUGUGAAUCAGCUACGUCAGUGGCACUGAUCAAUUCACAGUGAUUUAGUGGCUGCGUUUUAUUUAUUAAUUUAUUUAUUGAAAAUAUUGUAAUUUUACAUAAGUACAUUUAAAUUGAUUAUAUCAACAACUAAAUCCUAUUGGGGGGGUCACCCUUGGGUGCGCAUCUGCCUUUAAGUACAAAUGUGUACAAAUGCGUACCUUUAUUUCUGAGAGUGUAGAACACAGAACAGACAGAAUGGGACAAUCUGACUGAAAUCAGACCAUGUAUAAUUUGCCUAACUACUUGUCUUUAUUUUUAGCCUGUAUUUGCAGACUGCUGUCUAUAGACUUAGUAGCACCUCGUUUUGUUCUAUUACUCAGUCUUGACUCAAUCCCAAAUUAUAAAAGCUUAUCCUGCAGAGAGAUGCUGCCUCUAAUGCAUGUUCUCCACUGCCAAGAGAAAAUGCCAAAUUGUUCUUCUUCCUGCAGAGCCUUGUUCAGGAAACAAGACAAUCAAAAGGUGCCUAGUUCAGUAUUUUUUCAAAAGAGGAACCCCAUUCUGACAGGAGCAGACCUUGCUGAUAUAGGCUCACCUCAGGGUACUAUAGGAGCCUUUAUAGGUGGACCAUAUGUGUUUUAUCGUUUGUAGCAGGGAUAGUUUGUUUUUAAAAAUGUCUGUAUGAAACACUUUUCAAAAUUGUUUUAUUUUUUAAUGCACUGUUGUAUAGAUGUACCAUCUAAAAUAUGAUUUUUAAGGACUAGUUAGAAAUUAUAAAAUCAAUCUAAUUUAUUUUUUGACAGCCCUGUUUUGUUGUGCACACAUAUAGGGAGUCAAAAAAGAUUCACCAAACAGUAAAUAGUAUUUAUUGUUUUAAUCUGCUUGUGGCUUAUGUAAUUAUGGGUACAUUUCAGAUAUUUUACUUAAACUGGAAUGAUAUACAAUAAAUCGACAACUUUCUAUUUAUUUACAAUAAACUGAAUCUGGUGAUGUAAACAAUAAAAAAAAAUACUUAAAUAUGA